AUGGCUUCUUCUUCAUCAUCAUCGCGUUCUUAUUCGGAGUUUUCUGUCUUCUUGAGCUUUACGGGCGAGACACGGACGUCAUUCAGCGAUCAUCUCUACACAAGCUUGCAGGAAGCUGGGGUUCUAACCUUUCGAGAUAAAGAAGGGAUCCGGGAAGGCAACGACAUUUCUGAUGAGUCGAAGCAGGCCAUUGAGGGGUCUGAGAUAUCCAUUGUUGUAUUCUCCAAAAAUUAUGCCCAAUCCAUAUGUUGCCUUGACGAGCUGGUGAAAAUGGUGGAGUGUAAACAGAAAUUGGGACAAAAGAUUCUUCCCAUAUUCUAUCAUGUUACUCCUUCAGAGGUUCGCAAACACACAGGCGAGUUUGGUAUCGCACUGGAUCAAUAUAUAGAGCAAUUUGGAGAAGAAACAGUUAAUGUGUGGAAAGCUGCACUCACUACCGUUGCUGAUUUGAACGGAUGGCAUAUCAUGGAAGACGGGUAA